AUGGAGGAUACCUCCCCCACCGAGGACACUUUCGUCCAUCAAGCGGGCUCUUCUGCGUCGCCCAGCCUAAAGACGUCUUUUGAUCGGCUACCACUUAAUGUGAUUGAGCACAUCCUGUAUGCUUCCGAUGCCAAUACAUUUGCAUCAUUAUCUCUACUAAACCGAAGAUGGAAGCAUGCAUCCGAUUCCGAGGCAUUGUAUGCCUAUCAGUUGUCACGUUGUUCAUCAUUUUCCUGGGCUCGCGGGGUCAUUUCUGAGACAGAAAACCUCCCUAAACUCAAGCGCCAAUUUGUCAAGGAGGUCAGGCAGAACGCUUUCGAUGCAUUUUUACGACCCCGGCAAACUCUCGUGCGACUAAUCUCAAGUUCUAUGAGCUCAUCGACAGCGUUCCCACAGGGUGAAGUUUUUCGAUUCUCAUUUUCUGGAAAUGGUCAAUUGGUUCUCUGCAUCAGCUCUUCUCGCAUUGUUAUAUUAGACGUGGCCAAUGACCCAGUCGCCGUCAAGCAUGAGCUGGAGACUCGAAGGCGGCCACUGGGAGCCACAAUCCGUGAUGAUGGCUCACUCAUUGCUGUUUUGUCUUCCACGCAUAGAGUUCAUAUCUACCAGCUCUCAGACGAUGAAGCCAAGCACAUCCAAGUUAUCACGCUGAAUGAUGCCCCAAGGGACAUCAAAUUUUCUCCGGCAGGUAGUGUGUUAGCCUUAGCCUUUGAGGAUAGUAUUGAGGUAUAUGCUGUGGGUGAAGAGGCUUUGCCUACCGACCGCCGGGCGGUGCGUUGUCCCCGUGUCGACGCACUUUCAUUUUCGCCUGAUGGAGCAAUGCUUCUUGGCUUUGCAGCUGAAGGUAUCGUCACCAUCACCCCUCCUUUCUAUACUGAGACCGGAACGGACGCCUCACCCGAAGAACUCGAGAUGCGAAUGUGGACAACACAAAUUCUCUUUCCUGAAACAAUUGGCUGCCAUAUCACUCACGUCUCCCUUAUUGCUGGUCAUGAGGAAGCUGACGAUCACUGGGUAAUGGGAUAUGACCAACAAUUGGGGGCGUUCAGGGCGCUUCAAUUAAACAAGAAUGCGGGAAUCGUUUAUUUUGCCAGUCCAUUCCUCACAGAUGAAUCUCGGGAAAUGCGGCCAAGCAUGAGACCCGCCACGGAUGAUGCGGCAGAACUUUCUGCUUUGGGGUUUCAAGAUUCAGAAUUAUGGAUAUAUGGGAUGGCUGGGUUGGGUGCUAGUGAAAUCACUGGUACCGAGAUUGGCGGUGGUCACCAUUAUGGAGCCUGCGCUCCUCGCGACAAUCUAGCACAGCUUCAGAAGAUCGUUCAACAACCUAAGAUCUUGAUCCGGGGACGACGGGUGAGUGACAUGCACGGAAUCACAUCCGCUCAUUGGGUGCGUUCAGACUCAAGACGCCGUCGGAGACUCGUCGCGGUAGCGCCUGGUGGAGUGCGCUCACAGAACUUUGGCAGAGAAGAUAUCCCAGUCGACGGUGGUCGAAUUCUUCUCCUUGAUUUUGAGCGCUCUACUAUGAACGGUGAAGCGAUUGUGCUUGACAUCGAAAUCGGUGAAACGGCGCCCAAGAUUCUUAUGGAGCCGGGUUCCUCUUUGGCCACGGAAGUAGAGCUUGAAAGAAGGCGAACACGACUACAUCGUGGCGAUACUGCUACGACAUUCGCGGCCCUUGGUCAUUCAGCGACUACUCGAGAAUCCCGAGCUCUGCCCCUUCACUUCCGCCGCAACAGUCUUGCCAUUCCUACCUCUCCCAGCGAGACUACUCGAGGCGAGAUAAUCGACCUUCCAUAUGACAAUACACAGCCUCGUUCCAGUGAAGUUCUCCAUCGAGCUGCCACUGCGGCUGCAUCAACCCGUGGGCGAUACGACCCUCGGUAUCGUAGUUCUCACAACCCUCGACAUAUUCCCCAUGAGAGUGACGCCGAUAAUUGGGUGCCACCUCCUCCUCCUUACAAACGCGAGACAGUGGACCCGUUGCCAGAUCAUCUACAGCGACUGCUUCUCCCCCCAGUCAAUGCCGCCAAUUCUUCCCUCCUCCCUCGAAGAGAAGAAACCGUGCCUGCCGCGCAACAACCAACCCGCCCACAAUCUCUCAAUUUACAGAGAAUAGGCAAUAUAACCGGCGCCAGGCGCAGGGGAAGUUCCAUUGGCAGAGACUUUAACCCAGAUCAAUUGGUACCCCAGGAUUCGUUCACAAACGACUUCUCACCAGAGCAGCCUCGAUCUGCUUCGCGUCCACCUACAGCGAACCAAUCCACUACGCCUACGUUUGCUGUGUAUCCAGCCGAAAUACCCCCACAAGAAAACACCAUGCCUCUUCCAUAUUUGGGGGCCUCGGCACUGGGCGAUGCACUUGGCGAUGCCUACUUUCCAUACUCGGUAUCAUCGCCAAACCUUCUCCACAUCCCACAGCCAUAUGAAGACGGACAGGGCACUGCAGCAGACGACGAGCAUGAGAUACCUCGGAGGCAGCAGUCUUUCCAGAGGCGGGUUUCAACCGAACCCAGUAGCUUACCGCCACCAACGAACGAGGAAUGGCGCCGGCGGAUUCAGGAUUGGAAUGAUAACACAAUCAAGGAGCGGAGUCGUAAGCGAAGGGGGAAGUGCCAUGUCAUGUAG